CACACACACACACACACACGGGGCUGAGCGAGUGGGUGACGAAGAGCAAUCACCACCACCAGGAAAAAAUACCAGGAGCGAUAAAAUGCACGGACUACAAGGGUGCAUUUGACUGUCAGUUAGACGUUUGAGCAUUUUGAGAGUUUGGUCCUGGCAAGGUCUUUUGGAGAACAUUAGCUUAAUACAAUGAAGGUCCUCCUCUGUCAGGCCGAGCUUUCUGGUUUUUAGCCAGUUGGCUGUAAUUCCAGGGAUGGCUAGCUGAGCUAACUUAGCUAGCUAACAAUUAGCCUGCCCAUUUAGCUACACUGGUCAGUGGGUGCCUCCGUCUGCGAGAGGAUAACUGUCCUGAGCGCAAUUGUAAAGCGAUAUUUUGAGUCUGGUUGCUACAAGGGUUAUCGUUAUAGUCGAGUGCUAGAGACUGCGGGCUAGCCUAUGUGUUUGUUCAGUAGAUGGACAGUUUGACGGGCGCUCAUUGUCACUGCGCGGGCGUACAGUGUUGGUUUCGGGGCGGCUAGCCUUGUACUCGGCCACCGGGCCACCAGCAGAGGGAUUGUACUAAUGUGGCAGCCAGUAGUCUCCCACUGUCUCUGGGACCCAAGUCGGUAGGUGUUUGUUUUUUUAUGCAUUACCGAAACUAAUAUCAGCUAAGUGCAUCAAAUAAAAAUGGUUAUUUACACCUUAGGUAGUCAUCCAAGAUGUUUGCGGACAUGUUGCAUUGCACAUUUUCUGUGAUCAGCUGUCAGUUCGUGUAGCCCGAGGACUUACAAAAGACUUUGACUGAGCUGUCACACAUUUGACACUUGACAGCAGUUCAUCAACCAUCAACAAGAAGGCCAGAUUCUGCAGCAAGCAUUUCAAGCACGAUUAUUGGCUGGAUAUAACUUGUUGGAAACGGACUGUUGCUCAUUUAUUUGAUACUUUGUGUGAGGUGUAGCGCGGCGCCCCUUGUCAGACGGGCUUUUCAGCUCAUGCGGUGAUGACUUUAGACUCCAUGAUGGCUUGUUGCCUGAGUGAAGAGGCGAAGGAGUCCAAACGAAUCAACUCUGAGAUCGAGAAACAACUCCGGCGAGACAAGAGGGAUGCAAGAAGGGAGCUGAAGCUUCUUCUGCUGGGUACUGGAGAGAGUGGCAAGAGCACCUUCAUCAAGCAGAUGAGGAUAAUCCAUGGGUCAGGCUACACAGAUGAGGAUAAGAAGGGCUUCACCAAAUUGGUCUACCAGAACAUCUUCACCUCAAUGCAGGCCAUGAUCCGUGCAACCGAGACCCUCAAGAUCCCGUACAAGUACGAACAGAACAAGAAUAAUGCCCAGGUGGUACGGGAGGUGGACGUGGAGAAGAUUUCAUCAUUCGAGCAACCGUACACGAGUGCGAUAAAGAUGCUGUGGGCUGACCCUGGCAUCCAGGAGGCCUAUGAUCGCAGGAGAGAGUACCAGCUCUCCGACUCAACCAAAUACUAUCUAAGUGAUCUGGAUCGUAUUGCUGAACCGUCCUAUCUACCAACCCAACAGGACGUGCUUAGGGUUCGAAUCCCAACCACUGGGAUCAUAGAAUACCCUUUCGACUUGCAAAGCAUCAUUUUCAGGAUGGUGGAUGUGGGGGGUCAGAGGUCCGAGAGGAGGAAGUGGAUCCACUGCUUUGAGAACGUCACAUCCAUCAUGUUUCUGGUGGCGCUCAGCGAGUACGACCAGGUCCUGGUGGAAUCGGACAACGAGAAUCGUAUGGAGGAGAGUAAAGCUCUUUUCAGGACCAUCAUCACAUAUCCAUGGUUCCAAAACUCCUCCGUCAUCCUCUUCCUCAACAAGAAGGACCUGCUGGAGGAGAAGAUCAUGUAUUCUCACCUGGUUGACUACUUUCCAGAGUUUGAUGGCCCCCAGCGGGAUGCCCAAGCAGGUCGGGAGUUCAUCUUGAAGAUGUUUGUGGACUUGAACCCAGACAGUGACAAGAUCAUCUACUCCCAUUUCACAUGCGCCACCGACACAGAGAACAUCCGCUUCGUCUUUGCCGCCGUCAAAGACACCAUCCUGCAGCUCAACCUCAAAGAAUACAACCUGGUGUAAAAAGAGAAAUGAGAGUGAGAGAGAGUGAGAGAGAGUGAGAGCAAGAGUCCUGCAGCCACAUACACAUACACA